AGCCGCUGGCUACUUGCGCAAUAGCAGUUGUCGUCGGGCAGCUAAUGAAAGAUCCGAGCCGGAGAAACGUUUCCUGUUCGGCUGCUCGCGUCUCUGGAUGUUGGUCGUUGGUGUCCGCGGACGUUGUUCCUCAGAUUCACCGGCAGACACAGAUGUUAGCAGCGGUCACUUCGGUGUUUGCAGCGGCCACAUUUUCCGUAUUUGGCCGAGCUAGCUGAUAAGCUAGCCUAGCUGCUGUUAGCCUGUUAGCUCGCCUGUGAUGGCCCAGCCAGGGAGCGACAGGAUAAAGGAAGCCUAAACUCUGCAUGGCGACGGACUUGCAGCAGUGGGAGUGAGCCGCCAAUCAGCCAGGGCCCCCGGAAGCAACAUGGCGUCCCUUCAGAAGAACUCGGUCCGGAUCUUGUCCAACCGGGAGCGAGGCUCCCAGACCUUCGGCUCGCAGCGGCUCCUGCAGCUACUAGUGGAGGAGAAAGUCCGCUGGAUGAAAUGGCAGAGUCAGAAGGUGGAACUGCCGGACAGCCCUCGCUCUACGUUCCUGCUGGCCUUCAGCCCCGACAGGACCCUCAUGGCUUCCACACAUGUCAACCACAACAUUUACAUAACUGAGGUGAAGACUGGAAAGUGCCUACAUUCAUUAGUGGGCCAUCGUAGAACCCCCUGGUGUGUGACCUUUCACCCCACAAUACCUGGCCUGGUGGCCUCCGGGUGCCUUGAUGGAGAAGUCCGCAUCUGGGACCUGCAUGGCGGCAGUGAGAGUUGGUUCACAGAGAGUAAUGUUGCCAUCGCCUCUCUGGCCUUCCACCCGACCGCUCAGCUCCUCCUGAUCGCCACCAACAACGAGCUCCACUUCUGGGACUGGAGCCGGCCAGAGCCCUUCGCCGUGGUCAAGACGGGCAGCGAGACGGAGAGAGUUCGGCUGGUGAGGUUUGACCCCUUGGGUCACAACCUGCUGACAGCGACAGUGAAUCCAUCCAAUCAGCAGAAUGAGGAGGACUCCGAGGUUCCCAUGGACAGUGUUGAGAUGCCUCACUUCCGUCAGCGCUCCUUCCUGCCGACCCAACCGGUUCGCCGCACGCCGAUUCUACACAACUUCCUCCACAUCCUGUCGUCCCGCUCCCCUGGUGCUCAGGUGGGAGGCGAGCAGCCGCGCCCGCUCAGUGACAAUGGGAGCAAUGUGGGAGAAUCUCCCACUUUGCCUCUGCCCCAGUUCCCCAGCCCCGAACGCGGGCCACCUUUCCCUGGCUGCACUCAGCACCUGGGCAUGGUUUGUCUGUGCAGUCGCUGCUCAGUCAAUCGGAACCCUUCCCUACCUGCCAACGGGUCCUCCAUGACCCCCUCUGAUCCCCGGAUAUCAUCUGACGCCCCCCAGCCCCCCCCUGCUUCCACUUUCUCUUCGGCUCGCACAGAGCCCAGACAGCCCACUGAACGACCCUCAGCCUUUACCUCAGUCUACUACAGCGCCGGCACGUCUCUGAAUCCCACUGCACCGAGCAGCGUAGAGCCGCUCUCCAGCUCCAGACCGGGACCUGACUGGACACGCAACCUCCUCAGCAUGAGGGAAGGAGCAGUUGGUCCAGGUAUGCUGCCUCCAAGAACCUCUUCGUCCUCCAUCAGCCUUCUGUCAGUGCUCCGUCAGCAGGACGGCUCCUCUCACUCCCCUGUAUACACGUCUGCCACUGAGGGACGGGGUUUCCCCCAACAAGGAGAGCCAGGGGCCCGAGAUGCUGCAGGUACAAGCAGCGGUCACCACCCUUUCUGGGACGGCUCUCGCACCAACACAGCCUCUUUCCGUAACGUGCUGCAGUGCAACUUGAGCCGCUACUUCAUGGAGUUUGACCGUAUGCAGGACCUGGAGCCUCCAUUAGGGGGCAGCAUGACAGAUGGAAGCCAGGAGCAGAGCCAAGAGCUGCUGAAUAACAACAUGGACCCAGACAGAGCAGGGCCUUCCUCAUCUUCAUCCUCCUCCACCCCUACCAUCAUCCACUACCAGCCUCCUCUCCCACCCCCCCCUGCUUCUCACAGCCUGGACAACGUUACUCCCCCGGCCUCCCGCGGCCAUCUGAACCGCUGCCGGGCCUGCCACAACCUACUGACCUUCAACCAUGACUCCCAGCGCUGGGAGCGCACCAACCAGGCCUCCUCCACCUCUGCCUCGUCUCUUGAGCCCUCCUCUUCCUCCUCCUCCUUCCCUGCCUCUUCAGCCCCAUGGCAUCCUGAGGAGAGCAGGAGGACACUAGAAGCCCAAACCCAAGAGAGGAGGGCGCCUCCGGAUCCCAACGAGCAUCCGCCUCCCCCUGGAGGUGGAGCAGCAGGGACGGUGGCCUUCCCGAUAGCCCCAUCUUCCAGCCAGACUGGAGAGCAGACGGUGGGACUGGUGUACAACCAGGACACAGCACAGUGGGAGAGGGUUUACCGGCAGGCUGCUGCUGGACGAUCGGCAGCGCCACCGGAGGCCUUAAGCCAAGAAAUGCCUGUUGACCCCCCAGAUGAGGACUCCCUGAGGAGGCGACUUUUGGAAUCAUCUCUGUUAUCGUUGUCUCGCUAUGACAUGUCAGGAUCAAGAGACCACCCUAUUUACCCCGAUCCAGCCAGACUUUCUCCAGCUGCUUACUACGCCCAGAGGAUGAUCCAGUAUCUCUCCAGACGAGACAGUAUUCGCCAGCGCUCGCUUCGUUACCAGCAGAACCGCCUGCGGGCCAUGUCGUCCUCUUCAGAAAGCCCUGCCAGCAACCCUUCCAGCUCCAUGGACAACAGUGACAUGGACUUUGAGGAGCUGGAUGAUAAUGGAGACCGAUCGAGACACAGGACGCCACGGAAUGCGAGGAUGUCUGCCCCUUCGCUUGGUCGCUUUGUUCCUCGGCGGUUCCUCCUCCCUGAGUAUCUGCCCUAUGCUGGGAUCUUCCACGAGAGAGGGCAGCCUGGUCUGGCCACACACUCCUCCGUCAACAGAGUGCUCGCAGGAGCAUCGAUUGGUGACGGACAGUCUGCGGUCGCCAGCAACAUCGCAAACACCACCUACCGUCUGCAGUGGUGGGACUUCACCAAGUUCGACCUGCCUGAGAUCAGCAACGCCUCCGUGAACGUUCUGGUGCCAAACUGUAAGAUCUACAACGAUGCGAGUUGUGACAUCUCGGCAGACGGUCAGCUGCUGGCCGUCUUCAUUCCCAGCAGCCAGCGGGGUUUUCCAGACGAGGGCAUCCUGGCCAUCUACUCUCUGGCUCCACACAACCUGGGAGAGAUGCUCUACACCAAGAGGUUUGGUCCUAAUGCCAUCUCUGUCAGUCUGUCUCCGAUGGGCUGCUAUGUGAUGGUGGGUCUGGCCUCUCGCAGGAUCCUGCUUCAUCCUACCACCGACCACAUGGUGGCGCAAGUCUUCCGCCUGCAACAGCCACAUGGAGGAGAGACCUCUAUCAGGAUGGUCUUCAACGUGGUUUAUCCCAUGGCUCCAGACCAGAGGCGCCAUGUUAGCAUCAACUCCGCUCGCUGGCUGCCGGACCCCGGGAUGGGUCUGGCUUAUGGAACAAAUAAAGGAGACCUGGUGAUCUGUCGCCCAGUGUUCUAUCGCAGCGAUGCCGAGGGCCCUGGAGAAUCGAGCAGUGAACCUUUAUUCUCGGUCAACAACAGUGGAACGAGCAGAACCCGAGGUUCUGACCGACCAGGGCCGAACCGCUCUGGCUGGAGGUUGGACAGAGACAUGGGAUUGAUGAACGCGAUUGGUCUUCAGCCGCGACAUCCCACGCCGUCAGUGACAUCACAAGGAACCCAGACGCCAAUCGUCCAGCUGCAGAACGCCGAGACCCAAACGGAGAGGGACCUAUCAGAGCCCAGCGUCUCCCAGCCACCACCUAAUGUCUCAGCAGAGACUCCAUCCACGAGUCGAGCGUCUCAGCAGGAGGCGUCUCAGAGCGGCAGCGCUGCAGACGGCGUCCAGACGGAGGCGUCCUCCGAGGCCAACACGUCCACAGCUGCUGAUUCCCCAGAGUUCGGUUCAGGUGAAGACGCUCUGGCUCGAAUCCGCCGGCUGAUCGCGGAGGGCGGUAUGACGGCGGUGGUCCAGCGGGAGCAGAGCACCACCAUGGCUUCCAUGGGCGGCUUUGGAAACAAUAUCAUUGUCAGCCAUCGCAUCCACCGCGGCUCCCAGACCGGCAUCGGGGCCUCCAGACCUCCAGCCGAGCUCACCAUCACAGCCCCUCCCUCCUCAUCAGGACCUGUCCUCAUCACACAGAACCAGUCUUACCUUCCUCCCCAAGCCUCCACCCCAUCUGAACAACUCGCUCCCACGUGGGGCCCCCAGGGGCUGUCGGGCCCCCAGGGGCUGUCGGGCCCCCAGCCCUCCGGCCUGUCUCUGGCCGUAGACAAUGACGACGUGUUUGACGGAGGGCGAGUGGACGACAACUCCCUUCCGGGUCCCUCCUCUUCCUCGAUGCUGCUGUCUUCCCCCUCUUCGUCCUCCUCCUCCUCCUCCUCCUCCUCUCACAGCCCCCUGCCCACCGGCGGCGGGAUGUGUGGCCCCAAUAGUUACCCCGGUGACCCGUACAGCAGGUAGUUCUCCUAUUGGCCAAGAGAAGCAGAGCGCUCGCUGAUGUGUUUUGUUAAGGGCGCUCCUCAAAGCCUUAUCUCACAAAGACAUGGGUGCUGCUUCGACUCUGCACAGGGUCUCCCGCCUGAAACAGAAGGGACACGAGAACCCCACCUCCCCCGAAACCCGCAUGGCGUUGGCGUGCACUUAGAGAAACUGGACUGAAGCUGAACUGCGACCCUCCUCAUCAGAAAGGGCUCCUACUUGAGCGGAGGCCAGUCAGAUCUCCUCUCUGCUCGUUGGUCUAAGGUUCAGCAAACUGGGAGAAAAGGUUCCUGUGUCAAAGUGCCAUGUCGGGGGGGGGGGGGGGGUCUUUCUUACACACAUUUACUCCGAUGUGCUGCAUAGUAGUAUAAAUAAUGCGUGAUUGAAGUGUUAACAGUGAACUCAGCACUACUUUGUCUUGAAGCCUGUUUUGUACCGUGUGUAUUCUGACGUGUGGGAGGCGGGACUCUGCUCCUCGAGGACGUCACUGAUCAAUCACACGUCCAUCAAUCAUCCCUGACUGACACCUGAGACUGACCUGGAGUCUGUUCAACGACGCUGCAGUUUAUCAUUUACAUCCUCAAAAGGCUGAGGAGGACCAGGACCCACCCCCCAACCCCCCGCAAACUUAAAUGCACUAUGGUGUGUUUGUCUGUGUGUGUGUGUCAGUGUCAGUACUUUUCACACAUCUUUUAAAUUUUUUUAAUUGAAGUCUUUGUUUCUGAAAACUUUCUGGAACUCAAAACCACCAAUAACUCAUUAGUGCUGGCUCCUGAUUGUCUAUCAUGUCUUUACUGUAAAUACUGAUGACGACAAUUCUUGGUCCCACCCAUACACGCCCUCAACCAAUCAGGAGUUAGUGUCAGCUGUCAGUCAUGACGUCGCAGCGUGUUUUUAAGUCAUCUAAUAAUUAACUAAAACCAAACUGAUCAGAAACACUCAGAUUUGUUUUUGUUUGGUCAAUGUCCGAUCUGCUAACAUGGGGGGGGGGGCGGUCUGGAGGAGCUGUCAUGUCGUCCAUCUGCAGUAUGUGCUGGUUUCGUGGUCGGGUUAUAUCGCCACCUGCUGGUGGGAUGUGUUCACAGCUCGUUUGGAAUGUGGACAGAAUCAUUUUGAGAACAAAGUAAAAACUGAUUGUUUGAAUAAACACCAGUGAACGUGAUGUUCACAGAUUCGCUCCAGGCAGCCGGUGGCUUCAUUCCUUUCCUCUCAGCAUGAGAUUCAAACUGAUUUAUUCAAAUGGUAGAAAUAUAUAAAAACCAGGAUGAAGUUCGUUUGACUUGAUUCUCAUCAGAGCAGCGGCUGCCUGGCCCAAAGGGAACAGCUUCUGUGGUCAUGUCCUUUUGGUCCACAAAUCAAAUGUCACAUGUUUGAUUCCCUAUGUUCACACGUGUCACGAGGAUCUGAUCUGUUACAGCAGCCGAUGAGGUUGAUUGUGCGUCACGCCCCCAGUCCACGCCACAAACUGUACAAAUACUGAUAUCAGCUUAAUAACGAGAUAAACCAGAGAACUUGAAAUAUCCUCCGACUCACAAAGUUUCAGAUAAAAACACAAACGACUGUUUUUAACAAAAAGGAAGUUGGGAAAAUUUUUUUAGCAGCAGAUUGUAGUGAGUGAGAAUCGAUGUGUGUGUCUGUGGAAGUGUGUGUGGCCGGCAGGAGACCCGUGUACUAUCCCUCAGCUGCCGGCGUCCACCACAGGAAACUUCAUCUGUAACCUGAAGGUUCAGAACCUGUUCUUCGGUUCUACUGGUAUGGAACGUUACUGGGAAGGUGUCUCAUCACGUCCAUGUGUCUCAUUGUAGACGACAGCAUCGUUAAUUCAGCCAAGGUCAGAGGUCGUCUGAGACUCCACGCCAGCUCGGGACAGACAUGAUGUCACUUCCUGUAUUGGCUCAUCAGCAAGUUAGUUAUAAUCUGUCUUAAACCAGAGUGUGGUCUUUCAGGUUGAGGUCCGUGCGUUCAGACGCUUUCACUCUAAAGCCUUCGCUCACACUCAGACACUCGCACAACUUCACUUGUCAACACAACACCUGAACAUUUGAUUGGUUUUGGAUUCAAACGCGUCUGAACGUCCCUCAAACUGAAAGUUCGUCCUCCGGAGCAAACAAAACUCAACUUGGUUUCAUCUGCUGUUCCACUGUGGCCUUAUGGGAAAUGAUAAAGGUCAAACAUGCUGCUCUGCUGAUUCCUGGGGAAAUGUUACAAUAAACUGAACGUUACUGAAAACAUUUCAUUUUUUAACUUUCUGUCAGUGGACAGGCCUCCGCCCCCUCCUCCCCUAACCCCGCCCCUCUGCAUGCAGAAAACCAACUGGAAUUGAAGGGACUCCUCCUCUUCAGCCUGAGGGACUGUACAGACGCUCUUUUUUACUUUGUGUUCUUACUCCACGUCGCACAGCGCAGUGUAGAUGCUGAUGUGCUGCUUGUGUUUCAGUUGUGUGUGUGGGGGGGGGGGCACGGCUCUGAUUGGAGCAGAGACUCUGGGAUUCACGGGGUCGUUUAUGUGAGAUUUUUUUAUUGAACAUUUAUUUCCUUUAGGUGAGAUCAGAGUUGUGGUGUCAGGUGACACAGAACAGCUGAUCUGAACCGUCCUGAAUUCACUUGAUCAAUGAACCUUUUAAAAACAA